CGUCCCUGUUCACGCUGCUGGUGGUCGUGUGGGUGGCAUGUGGCGCAGUGAUAGCAGCAUGGCUGCUCUACUGGAGGCACUCGCAGUACGAGGAUCACCGGGAGGAGGCGCUGGGAGUGUGGUGCAAGGAGCGCGCCCUCACGUUGCAGCAGCUCGUGCUGGCCCAUGCUGGGCAGAUGCAGACUCUUUCAGGUGUGAUUUCUGUGAUGGGCAAACCGGGGCAAGGGAGCAAGUGGGGCAUGGGCAGGUGUUUGAACGGCAGCAUGUGGGUGUCUUAUCUCACUCGCACCGCACCAACUCGCCCGGGGAACACUGGUGCGGUCGCAUGUGCGCUGGUGCGCGAUGCAGAGAGGCCGGCCUUUGAAAAGCAGUACGGCAGCAUCAGAGACAACACGCUGAUUGUCAGCGCACGCCGCCCCAUCUACUGCCCGAAGAUUCUAGAGCUCACAACGCUCUAUGCAACCAACGGCCCCAGCAACAUUGACAUGUUCCAACGAUACUACUCUCUGAUCCCGCUCGUGCUAGAAGGCCGGCACUUCUACUCCUGGCCCUACGCCCUCGCCAAUCCACUCACUCAUGCCGGAUUCGGUGUCGCCUUUCCUCUCCGCCGCAGCCUUCCCACUAACCACUCAAGCCAAUCAGCAAAGGGACCAGUGUACGGGUCACUGGCUGCAUCUUUUGAUGUGACUUACAUCGCACAGAAGGUCCUACAGGAGCUAUAUGAAGCUGACCCAUCCAAGUCCUUUGAGCUAUACGACAUCACCGACCCAGCCUCGCUCUUUGCCAUCGUCUCUCCAGUCCCCCCCCAUGCCUAUUUCCGCCCCGACGACAAGCUCCCCUACAUGCACCCCUCUCCCAACUCUGAAACCCGCCCCUGGGAGCAUCGAGCAGUGGUGCCUCUAGAGGAGAUGGGAGCGGGUGUGAGAAAGUACGAGGUCUGGUGCAGGCACACACAGCCCCCCAGCACGUGGCAAUCGUGGGGCAUCCCCAUCCUCAUCGCCCUCUUCGCCCUCCUCCUCGUGUUGCUCGUGCUGCUGGCGGCAUGUCUGCAGCGUGCUAAGUUCCUGCAGACCCAGCAGCAGAUGGCGGAAGCUGAUAGGCUGAGACGGGAGGCAGGUGAAGCAGAGGCAUCGAAGAGCAUGUUUGUAGCGUUCAUGUCUCAUGAGCUGCGGGCGCCCAUGGUUGGAAUCAUAGGCAUGCUCGAUGCUCUAGGAGACAUGGGCCUGGACUCCUCCCAGCUAGAAGACCUGCUAAUGGCCACAGCAUCAGCAAAGAAAACACUGCAUCUGGUCAACCGCGUGUUGGACCUGGCGAAGCUGGAGGCAGGCAAGGCGGUGGUGGAUGAGACGGUGAUUGACGUGCGGGAGUGGCUGGAUGCUGCGUUGCACUGGCACGUGGAGGCAGCACGCUCCAAAGGCAUUGAAUUGAGCGCCAGUGUGUGCGACGACUGCCCGGUGCAUGUCAUUGUGGACCCCUUGCAUCUCAGCAAUGCGCUCAAGGAGAUCACAGAUAACGCUGUCAAGUUCACGACACAAGGCCACGUGACAGUGCAGUUGUCUGUGGUGCCACAAGGAACAAGCUUGCAAGACACCCUUUGCUGCCAGGCUCACGGUGCCAAGACUCAGGCGCUGGCCUUCCAGCUCCUCUUUACGCUGCAAGUGGCAGUGAAGGGCCGUCCUACUUCUCCCUCCCCACUCGGGCUGCGGCCUUCCAGCGUCUCUCCACACAGCGAGUGGCAGCUGAGGGCCUUCCUGCUUCUCCCUGCCGCGUCCCUGCUCGUGAGCCUUGUUCUUCUUCCAGCGUCCCUGCUGGUGAGCCUUGUUCUUCUUCCAGCGUCCCUGCUGGUGAGCCUUGUUCUUCUUCCAGCGUCCCUGCUGGUGAGCCUUGUUCUUCUUCCAGCGUCCCUGCUCGUGAGCCUUGUUCUUCUUCCAGCGUCCCUGCUGGUGAGCCUUGUUCUUCUUCCAGCGUCCCUGCUGGUGAGCCUUGUUCUUCUUCCAGCGUCCCUGCUGGUGAGCCUUGUUCUUCUACCAGCGUCCCUGCUGGUGAGCCUUGUUCUUCUUCCAGCGUCCCUGCUCGUGAGCCUUGUUCUUCUUCCAGCGUCCCUGCUGGUGAGCCUUGUUCUUCUUCCAGCGUCCCUGCUGGUGAGCCUUGUUCUUCUUCCAGCGUCCCUGCUGGUGAGCCUUGUUCUUCUUCCAGCGUCCCUGCUGGUGAGCCUUGUUCUUCUUCCAGCGUCCCUGCUCGUGAGCCUUGUUCUUCUUCCAGCGUCCCUGCUGGUGAGCCUUGUUCUUCUUCCAGCGUCCCUGCUGGUGAGCCUUGUUCUUCUUCCAGCGUCCCUGCUGGUGAGCCUUGUUCUUCUACCAGCGUCCCUGCUGGUGAGCCUUGUUCUUCUUCCAGCGUCCCUGCUCGUGAGCCUUGUUCUUCUUCCAGCGUCCCUGCUGGUGAGCCUUGUUCUUCUUCCAGCGUCCCUGCUGGUGAGCCUUGUUCUUCUUCCAGCGUCCCUGCUGGUGAGCCUUGUUCUUCUUCCAGCGUCCCUGCUGGUGAGCCUUGUUCUUCUUCCAGCGUCCCUGCUGGUGAGCCUUGUUCUUCUUCCAGCGUCCCUGCUGGUGAGCCUUGUUCUUCUUCCAGCGUCCCUGCUGGUGAGCCUUGUUCUUCUUCCAGCGUCCCUGCUCGUGAGCCUUGUUCUUCUUCCAGCGUCCCUGCUGGUGAGCCUUGUUCUUCUUCCAGCGUCCCUGCUCGUGAGCCUUGUUCUUCUUCCAGCGUCCCUGCUGGUGAGCCUUGUUUUUCUUCCAGCGUCCCUGCUGGUGAGCCUUGUUCUUCUUCCAGCGUCCCUGCUGGUGAGCCUUGUUCUUCUUCCAGCGUCCCUGCUGGUGAGCCUUGUUCUUCUUCCAGCGACCCUGCUCGUGAGCCUUGUUCUUCUUCCAGCGUCCCUGCUGGUGAGCCUUGUUCUUCUUCCAGCGUCCCUGCUGGUGAGCCUUGUUCUUCUUCCAGCGUUCCUGCUGGUGUGCCUUGUUCUUCUUCCAGCGUCCCUGCUCGUGAGCCUUGUUCUUCUUCCAGCGUCCCUGCUGGUGAGCCUUGUUCUUCUUCCAGCGUCCCUGCUGGUGAGCCUUGUUCUUCUUCCAGCGUCCCUGCUGGUGAGCCUUGUUCUUCUUCCAGCGUCCCUGCUGGUGAGCCUUGUUCUUCUUCCAGCGUCCCUGCUCGUGAGCCUUGUUCUUCUUCCAGCGUCCCUGCUGGUGAGCCUUGUUCUUCUUCCAGCGUCCCUGCUGGUGAGCCUUGUUCUUCUUCCAGCGUCCCUGCUGGUGAGCCUUGUUCUUCUACCAGCGUCCCUGCUGGUGAGCCUUGUUCUUCUUCCAGCGUCCCUGCUCGUGAGCCUUGUUCUUCUUCCAGCGUCCCUGCUCGUGAGCCUUGUUCUUCUUCCAGCGUCCCUGCUGGUGAGCCUUGUUCUUCUUCCAGCGUCCCUGCUGGUGAGCCUUGUUCUUCUUCCAGCGUCCCUGCUGGUGAGCCUUGUUCUUCUUCCAGCGUCCCUGCUGGUGAGCCUUGUUCUUCUUCCAGCGUCCCUGCUGGUGAGCCUUGUUCUUCUUCCAGCGUCCCUGCUGGUGAGCCUUGUUCUUCUUCCAGCGUCCCUGCUGGUGAGCCUUGUUCUUCUUCCAGCGUCCCUGCUCGUGAGCCUUGUUCUUCUUCCAGCGUCCCUGCUGGUGAGCCUUGUUCUUCUUCCAGCGUCCCUGCUCGUGAGCCUUGUUCUUCUUCCAGCGUCCCUGCUGGUGAGCCUUGUUCUUCUUCCAGCGUCCCUGCUCGUGCGCCUUGUUCUUCUUCCAGCGUCCCUGCUGGUGAGCCUUGUUCUUCUUCCAGCGUCCCUGCUGGUGAGCCUUGUUCUUCUUCCAGCGUCCCUGCUCGCGUCCCUGCUGGUGAGCCUUGUUCUUCUUCCAGCGUCCCUGCUGGUGAGCCUUGUUCUUCUUCCAGCGUCCCUGCUGGUGAGCCUUGUUCUUCUUCCAGCGUCCCUGCUGGUGAGCCUUGUUCUUCUUCCAGCGUCCCUGCUCGUGAGCCUUGUUCUUCUUCCAGCGUCCCUGCUGGUGAGCCUUGUUCUUCUUCCAGCGUCCCUGCUGGUGAGCCUUGUUCUUCUUCCAGCGUCCCUGCUGGUGAGCCUUGUUCUUCUUCCAGCGUCCCUGCUGGUGAGCCUUGUUCUUCUUCCAGCGUCCCUGCUCGUGAGCCUUGUUCUUCUUCCAGCGUCCCUGCUGGUGAGCCUUGUUCUUCUUCCAGCGUCCCUGCUGGUGAGCCUUGUUCUUCUUCCAGCGUCCCUGCUGGUGAGCCUUGUUCUUCUUCCAGCGUCCCUGCUGGUGUGCCUUGUUCUUCUUCCAGCGACCCUGCUCGUGAGCCUUGUUCUUCUUCCAGCGUCCCUGCUGGUGAGCCUUGUUUUUCUUCCAGCGUCCCUGCUGGUGAGCCUUGUUCUUCUUCCAGCGUCCCUGCUGGUGAGCCUUGUUCUUCUUCCAGCGUCCCUGCUGGUGAGCCUUGUUCUUCUUCCAGCGACCCUGCUCGUGAGCCUUGUUCUUCUUCCAGCGUCCCUGCUGGUGAGCCUUGUUCUUCUUCCAGCGUCCCUGCUGGUGAGCCUUGUUCUUCUUCCAGCGACCCUGCUCGUGAGCCUUGUUCUUCUUCCAGCGUCCCUGCUCGUUAGCCUUGUUCUUCUUCCAGCGUCCCUGCUGGUGAGCCUUGUUCUUCUUCCAGCGUCCCUGCUGGUGAGCCUUGUUCUUCUUCCAGCGUCCCUGCUGGUGAGCCUUGUUCUUCUUCCAGCGUCCCUGCUGGUGAGCCUUGUUCUUCUUCCAGCGUCCCUGCUGGUGAGCCUUGUUCUUCUUCCAGCGUCCCUGCUGGUGAGCCUUGUUCUUCUUCCAGCGUCCCUGCUGGUGAGCCUUGUUCUUCUUCCAGCGUCCCUGCUGGUGAGCCUUGUUCUUCUUCCAGCGUCCCUGCUCGUGAGCCUUGUUCUUCUUCCAGCGUCCCUGCUGGUGAGCCUUGUUCUUCUUCCAGCGUCCCUGCUGGUGAGCCUUGUUCUUCUUCCAGCGUCCCUGCUGGUGAGCCUUGUUCUUCUUCCAGCGUCCCUGCUCGUGAGCCUUGUUCUUCUUCCAGCGUCCCUGCUGGUGAGCCUUGUUCUUCUUCCAGCGUCCCUGCUGGUGAGCCUUGUUCUUCUUCCAGCGUCCCUGCUGGUGAGCCUUGUUCUUCUUCCAGCGUCCCUGCUGGUGAGCCUUGUUCUUCUUCCAGCGUCCCUGCUGGUGAGCCUUGUUCUUCUUCCAGCGUCCCUGCUGGUGAGCCUUGUUCUUCUUCCAGCGUCCCUGCUGGUGAGCCUUGUUCUUCUUCCAGCGUCCCUGCUGGUGAGCCUUGUUCUUCUUCCAGCGUCCCUGCUGGUGUGCCUUGUUCUUCUUCCAGCGACCCUGCUCGUGAGCCUUGUUCUUCUUCCAGCGUCCCUGCUGGUGAGCCUUGUUUUUCUUCCAGCGUCCCUGCUGGUGAGCCUUGUUCUUCUUCCAGCGUCCCUGCUGGUGAGCCUUGUUCUUCUUCCAGCGUCCCUGCUGGUGAGCCUUGUUCUUCUUCCAGCGACCCUGCUCGUGAGCCUUGUUCUUCUUCCAGCGUCCCUGCUGGUGAGCCUUGUUCUUCUUCCAGCGUCCCUGCUGGUGAGCCUUGUUCUUCUUCCAGCGUCCCUGCUGGUGAGCCUUGUUCUUCUUCCAGCGUCCCUGCUCGUUAGCCUUGUUCUUCUUCCAGCGUCCCUGCUGGUGAGCCUUGUUCUUCUUCCAGCGUCCCUGCUGGUGAGCCUUGUUCUUCUUCCAGCGUCCCUGCUGGUGAGCCUUGUUCUUCUUCCAGCGUCCCUGCUGGUGAGCCUUGUUCUUCUUCCAGCGUCCCUGCUGGUGAGCCUUGUUCUUCUUCCAGCGUCCCUGCUGGUGAGCCUUGUUCUUCUUCCAGCGUCCCUGCUGGUGAGCCUUGUUCUUCUUCCAGCGUCCCUGCUGGUGAGCCUUGUUCUUCUUCCAGCGUCCCUGCUGGUGAGCCUUGUUCUUCUUCCAGCGUCCCUGCUGGUGAGCCUUGUUCUUCUUCCAGCGUCCCUGCUGGUGAGCCUUGUUCUUCUUCCAGCGUCCCUGCUGGUGAGCCUUGUUCUUCUUCCAGCGUCCCUGCUGGUGAGCCUUGUUCUUCUUCCAGCGUCCCUGCUGGUGAGCCUUGUUCUUCUUCCAGCGUCCCUGCUGGUGAGCCUUGUUCUUCUUCCAGCGUCCCUGCUGGUGAGCCUUGUUCUUCUUCCAGCGUCCCUGCUGGUGAGCCUUGUUCUUCUUCCAGCGUCCCUGCUGGUGAGCCUUGUUCUUCUUCCAGCGUCCCUGCUCGUGAGCCUUGUUCUUCUUCCAGCGUCCCUGCUCGUGAGCCUUGUUCUUCUUCCAGCGUCCCUGCUGGUGAGCCUUGUUCUUCUUCCAGCGUCCCUGCUGGUGAGCCUUGUUCUUCUUCCAGCGUCCCUGCUGGUGAGCCUUGUUCUUCUUCCAGCGUCCCUGCUGGUGAGCCUUGUUCUUCUUCCAGCGUCCCUGCUGGUGAGCCUUGUUCUUCUUCCAGCGUCCCUGCUGGUGAGCCUUGUUCUUCUUCCAGCGUCCCUGCUGGUGAGCCUUGUUCUUCUUCCAGCGUCCCUGCUGGUGAGCCUUGUUCUUCUUCCAGCGUCCCUGCUGGUGAGCCUUGUUCUUCUUCCAGCGUCCCUGCUGGUGAGCCUUGUUCUUCUUCCAGCGUCCCUGCUGGUGAGCCUUGUUCUUCUUCCAGCGUCCCUGCUGGUGAGCCUUGUUCUUCUUCCAGCGUCCCUGCUGGUGAGCCUUGUUCUUCUUCCAGCGUCCCUGCUGGUGAGCCUUGUUCUUCUUCCAGCGUCCCUGCUGGUGAGCCUUGUUCUUCUUCCAGCGUCCCUGCUGGUGAGCCUUGUUCUUCUUCCAGCGUCCCUGCUGGUGAGCCUUGUUCUUCUUCCAGCGUCCCUGCUGGUGAGCCUUGUUCUUCUUCCAGCGUCCCUGCUGGUGAGCCUUGUUCUUCUUCCAGCGUCCCUGCUGGUGAGCCUUGUUCUUCUUCCAGCGUCCCUUGGUGAGCCUUGUUCUUCUUCCAGCGUCCCUGCUGGUGAGCCUUGUUCUUCUUCCAGCGUCCCUGCUGGUGAGCCUUGUUCUUCUUCCAGCGUCCCUGCUGGUGAGCCUUGUUCUUCUUCCAGCGUCCCUGCUGGUGAGCCUUGUUCUUCUUCCAGCGUCCCUGCUGGUGAGCCUUGUUCUUCUUCCAGCGUCCCUGCUGGUGAGCCUUGUUCUUCUUCCAGCGUCCCUGCUCGCGUCCCUGCUGGUGAGCCUUGUUCUUCUUCCAGCGUCCUGCUGGUGAGCCUUGUUCUUCUUCCAGCGUCCCUGCUGGUGAGCCUUGUUCUUCUUCCAGCGUCCCUGCUCGUGAGCCUUGUUCUUCUUCCAGCGUCUUGUUCUUCUUCCAGCGUCCUGCUAAUAGUGAGCCUUGUUCUUCUUCCAGCGUCCCUGCUGGUGAGCCUUGUUCUUCUUCCAGCGUCCCUGCUGGUGAGCCUUGUUCUUCUUCCAGCGUCCCUGCUGGUGAUGCCUUGUUCUUCUUCCAGCGUCCCUGCUCGUGAGCCUUGUUCUUCUUCCAGCGUCCCUGCUGGUGAGCCUUGUUCUUCUUCCAGCGUCCCUGCUGGUGAGCCUUGUUCUUCUUCCAGCGUCCCUGCUGGUGAGCCUUGUUCUUCUUCCAGCGUCCCUGCUGGUGAGCCUUGUUCUUCUUCCAGCGACCCUGCUCGUGAGCCUUGUUCUUCUUCCAGCGUCCCUGCUGGUGAGCCUUGUUCUUCUUCCAGCGUCCCUGCUGGUGAGCCUUGUUCUUCUUCCAGCGUCCCUGCUGGUGAGCCUUGUUCUUCUUCCAGCGUCCCUGCUGGUGAGCCUUGUUCUUCUUCCAGCGUCCCUGCUGGUGAGCCUUGUUCUUCUUCCAGCGUCCCUGCUGGUGAGCCUUGUUCUUCUUCCAGCGUCCCUGCUGGUGAGCCUUGUUCUUCUUCCAGCGUCCCUGCUGGUGAGCCUUGUUCUUCUUCCAGCGUCCCUGCUGGUGAGCCUUGUUCUUCUUCCAGCGUCCCUGCUGGUGAGCCUUGUUCUUCUUCCAGCGUCCCUGCUGGUGAGCCUUGUUCUUCUUCCAGCGUCCCUGCUGGUGAGCCUUGUUCUUCUUCCAGCGUCCCUGCUGGUGAGCCUUGUUCUUCUUCCAGCGUCCCUGCUGGUGAGCCUUGUUCUUCUUCCAGCGUCCCUGCUGGUGAGCCUUGUUCUUCUUCCAGCGUCCCUGCUGGUGAGCCUUGUUCUUCUUCCAGCGUCCCUGCUGGUGAGCCUUGUUCUUCUUCCAGCGUCCCUGCUGGUGAGCCUUGUUCUUCUUCCAGCGUCCCUGCUGGUGAGCCUUGUUCUUCUUCCAGCGUCCCUGCUGGUGAGCCUUGUUCUUCUUCCAGCGUCCCUGCUGGUGAGCCUUGUUCUUCUUCCAGCGUCCCUGCUGGUGAGCCUUGUUCUUCUUCCAGCGUCCCUGCUGGUGAGCCUUGUUCUUCUUCCAGCGUCCCUGCUGGUGAGCCUUGUUUUCUUCCAGCGUCCCUGCUGGUGAGCCUUGUUCUUCUUCCAGCGUCCCUGCUGGUGAGCCUUGUUCUUCUUCCAGCGUCCCUGCUGGUGAGCCUUGUUCUUCUUCCAGCGUCCCUGCUGGUGAGCCUUGUUCUUCUUCCAGCGUCCCUGCUGGUGAGCCUUGUUCUUCUUCCAGCGUCCCUGCUGGUGAGCCUUGUUCUUCUUCCAGCGUCCCUGCUGGUGAGCCUUGUUCUUCUUCCAGCGUCCCUGCUGGUGAGCCUUGUUCUUCUUCCAGCGUCCCUGCUGGUGAGCCUUGUUCUUCUUCCAGCGUCCCUGCUGGUGAGCCUUGUUCUUCUUCCAGCGUCCCUGCUGGUGAGCCUUGUUCUUCUUCCAGCGUCCCUGCUGGUGAGCCUUGUUCUUCUUCCAGCGUCCCUGCUGGUGAGCCUUGUUCUUCUUCCAGCGUCCCUGCUGGUGAGCCUUGUUCUUCUUCCAGCGUCCCUGCUGGUGAGCCUUGUUCUUCUUCCAGCGUCCCUGCUGGUGAGCCUUGUUCUUCUUCCAGCGUCCCUGCUGGUGAGCCUUGUUCUUCUUCCAGCGUCCCUGCUGGUGAGCCUUGUUCUUCUUCCAGCGUCCCUGCUGGUGAGCCUUGUUCUUCUUCCAGCGUCCCUGCUGGUGAGCCUUGUUCUUCUUCCAGCGUCCCUGCUGGUGAGCCUUGUUCUUCUUCCAGCGUCCCUGCUGGUGAGCCUUGUUCUUCUUCCAGCGUCCCUGCUGGUGAGCCUUGUUCUUCUUCCAGCGUCCCUGCUGGUGAGCCUUGUUCUUCUUCCAGCGUCCCUGCUGGUGAGCCUUGUUCUUCUUCCAGCGUCCCUGCUGGUGAGCCUUGUUCUUCUUCCAGCGUCCCUGCUGGUGAGCCUUGUUCUUCUUCCAGCGUCCCUGCUGGUGAGCCUUGUUCUUCUUCCAGCGUCCCUGCUGGUGAGCCUUGUUCUUCUUCCAGCGUCCCUGCUGGUGAGCCUUGUUCUUCUUCCAGCGUCCCUGCUCGUGAGCCUUGUUCUUCUUCCAGCGUCCCUGCUGGUGAGCCUUGUUCUUCUUCCAGCGUCCCUGCUGGUGAGCCUUGUUCUUCUUCCAGCGUCCCUGCUGGUGAGCCUUGUUCUUCUUCCAGCGUCCCUGCUGGUGAGCCUUGUUCUUCUUCCAGCGUCCCUGCUGGUGAGCCUUGUUCUUCUUCCAGCGUCCCUGCUGGUGAGCCUUGUUCUUCUUCCAGCGUCCCUGCUGGUGAGCCUUGUUCUUCUUCCAGCGUCCCUGCUGGUGAGCCUUGUUCUUCUUCCAGCGUCCCUGCUGGUGAGCCUUGUUCUUCUUCCAGCGUCCCUGCUGGUGAGCCUUGUUCUUCUUCCAGCGUCCCUGCUGGUGAGCCUUGUUCUUCUUCCAGCGUCCCUGCUGGUGAGCCUUGUUCUUCUUCCAGCGUCCCUGCUGGUGAGCCUUGUUCUUCUUCCAGCGUCCCUGCUGGUGAGCCUUGUUCUUCUUCCAGCGUCCCUGCUGGUGAGCCUUGUUCUUCUUCCAGCGUCCCUGCUGGUGAGCCUUGUUCUUCUUCCAGCGUCCCUGCUGGUGAGCCUUGUUCUUCUUCCAGCGUCCCUGCUGGUGAGCCUUGUUCUUCUUCCAGCGUCCCUGCUGGUGAGCCUUGUUCUUCUUCCAGCGUCCCUGCUGGUGAGCCUUGUUCUUCUUCCAGCGUCCCUGCUGGUGAGCCUUGUUCUUCUUCCAGCGUCCCUGCUGGUGAGCCUUGUUCUUCUUCCAGCGUCCCUGCUGGUGAGCCUUGUUCUUCUUCCAGCGUCCCUGCUGGUGAGCCUUGUUCUUCUUCCAGCGUCCCUGCUGGUGAGCCUUGUUCUUCUUCCAGCGUCCCUGCUGGUGAGCCUUGUUCUUCUUCCAGCGUCCCUGCUGGUGAGCCUUGUUCUUCUUCCAGCGUCCCUGCUGGUGAGCCUUGUUCUUCUUCCAGCGUCCCUGCUGGUGAGCCUUGUUCUUCUUCCAGCGUCCCUGCUGGUGAGCCUUGUUCUUCUUCCAGCGUCCCUGCUGGUGAGCCUUGUUCUUCUUCCAGCGUCCCUGCUGGUGAGCCUUGUUCUUCUUCCAGCGUCCCUGCUGGUGAGCCUUGUUCUUCUUCCAGCGUCCCUGCUGGUGAGCCUUGUUCUUCUUCCAGCGUCCCUGCUGGUGAGCCUUGUUCUUCUUCCAGCGUCCCUGCUGGUGAGCCUUGUUCUUCUUCCAGCGUCCCUGCUGGUGAGCCUUGUUCUUCUUCCAGCGUCCCUGCUGGUGAGCCUUGUUCUUCUUCCAGCGUACCCUGCUCGUGAGCCUUGUUCUUCUUCCAGCGUCCCUGCUGGUGAGCCUUGUUCUUCUUCCAGCGUCCCUGCUGGUGAGCCUUGUUCUUCUUCCAGCGUCCCUGCUGCGUCCCUGCUGGUGAGCCUUGUUCUUCUUCCAGCGUCCCUGCUGGUGAGCCUUGUUCUUCUUCCAGCGUCCCUGCUGGUGAGCCUUGUUCUUCUUCCAGCGUCCCUGCUGGUGAGCCUUGUUCUUCUUCCAGCGUCCCUGCUCGUGAGCCUUGUUCUUCUUCCAGCGUCCCUGCUGGUGAGCCUUGUUCUUCUUCCAGCGUCCCUGCUGGUGAGCCUUGUUCUUCUUCCAGCGUCCCUGCUGGUGAGCCUUGUUCUUCUUCCAGCGUCCCUGCUGGUGAGCCUUGUUCUUCUUCCAGCGUCCCUGCUGGUGAGCCUUGUUCUUCUUCCAGCGUCCCUGCUGGUGAGCCUUGUUCUUCUUCCAGCGUCCCUGCUGGUGAGCCUUGUUCUUCUUCCAGCGUCCCUGCUCGUGAGCCUUGUUCUUCUUCCAGCGUCCCUGCUGGUGAGCCUUGUUCUUCUUCCAGCGUCCCUGCUGGUGAGCCUUGUUCUUCUUCCAGCGUCCCUGCUGGUGAGCCUUGUUCUUCUUCCAGCGUCCCUGCUCGUGAGCCUUGUUCUUCUUCCAGCGUCCCUGCUGGUGAGCCUUGUUCUUCUUCCAGCGUCCCUGCUGGUGAGCCUUGUUCUUCUUCCAGCGUCCCUGCUGGUGAGCCUUGUUCUUCUUCCAGCGUCCCUGCUGGUGAGCCUUGCUCUUCUUCCAGCGUCCCUGCUCGUGAGCCUUGUUCUUCUUCCAGCGUCCCUGCUGGUGAGCCUUGUUCUUCUUCCAGCGUCCCUGCUGGUGAGCCUUGUUCUUCUUCCAGCGUCCCUGCUGGUGAGCCUUGUUCUUCUUCCAGCGUCCCUGCUCGUUAGCCUUGUUCUUCUUCCAGCGUCCCUGCUGGUGAGCCUUGUUCUUCUUCCAGCGUCCCUGCUGGUGAGCCUUGUUCUUCUUCCAGCGUCCCUGCUGGUGAGCCUUGUUCUUCUUCCAGCGUCCCUGCUGGUGAGCCUUGUUCUUCUUCCAGCGUCCCUGCUGGUGAGCCUUGUUCUUCUUCCAGCGUCCCUGCUGGUGAGCCUUGUUCUUCUUCCAGCGUGCCUGCUGGUGAGCCUUGUUCUUCUUCCAGCGUCCCUGCUGGUGAGCCUUGUUCUUCUUCCAGCGUCCCUGCUCGUGAGCCUUGUUCUUCUUCCAGCGUCCCUGCUGGUGAGCCUUGUUCUUCUUCCAGCGUCCCUGCUGGUGAGCCUUGUUCUUCUUCCAGCGUGCCUGCUGGUGAGCCUUGUUCUUCUUCCAGCGUCCCUGCUGGUGAGCCUUGUUCUUCUUCCAGCGUCCCUGCUGGUGAGCCUUGUUCUUCUUCCAGCGUUCCUGCUGGUGUGCCUUGUUCUUCUUCCAGCGACCCUGCUCGUGAGCCUUGUUCUUCUUCCAGCGUCCCUGCUGGUGAGCCUUGUUUUUCUUCCAGCGUCCCUGCUGGUGAGCCUUGUUCUUCUUCCAGCGUCCCUGCUGGUGAGCCUUGUUCUUCUUCCAGCGUCCCUGCUGGUGAGCCUUGCUCUUCUUCCAGCGACCCUGCUCGUGAGCCUUGUUCUUCUUCCAGCGUCCCUGCUGGUGAGCCUUGUUCUUCUUCCAGCGUCCCUGCUGGUGAGCCUUGUUCUUCUUCCAGCGUCCCUGCUGGUGAGCCUUGUUCUUCUUCCAGCGUCCCUGCUGGUGAGCCUUGUUCUUCUUCCAGCGUCCCUGCUCGUGAGCCUUGUUCUUCUUCCAGCGUCCCUGCUGGUGAGCCUUGUUCUUCUUCCAGCGUCCCUGCUGGUGAGCCUUGUUCUUCUUCCAGCGUCCCUGCUCGUGAGCCUUGUUCUUCUUCCAGCGUCCCUGCUGGUGAGCCCUGUUCUUCUUCCAGCGUCCCUGCUGGUGAGCCUUGUUCUUCUUCCAGCGUCCCUGCUGGUGAGCCUUGUUCUUCUUCCAGCGUCCCUGCUGGUGAGCCUUGUUCUUCUUCCAGCGACCCUGCUCGUGAGCCUUGUUCUUCUUCCAGCGUCCCUGCUGGUGAGCCUUGUUUUUCUUCCAGCGUCCCUGCUGGUGAGCCUUGUUCUUCUUCCAGCGUCCCUGCUGGUGAGCCUUGUUCUUCUUCCAGCGUCCCUGCUGGUGAGCCUUGUUCUUCUUCCAGCGACCCUGCUCGUGAGCCUUGUUCUUCUUCCAGCGUCCCUGCUGGUGAGCCUUGUUCUUCUUCCAGCGUCCCUGCUGGUGAGCCUUGUUCUUCUUCCAGCGUCCCUGCUGGUGAGCCUUGUUCUUCUUCCAGCGUCCCUGCUCGUUAGCCUUGUUCUUCUUCCAGCGUCCCUGCUGGUGAGCCUUGUUCUUCUUCCAGCGUCCCUGCUGGUGAGCCUUGUUCUUCUUCCAGCGUCCCUGCUGGUGAGCCUUGUUCUUCUUCCAGCGUCCCUGCCGGUGAGCCUUGUUCUUCUUCCAGCGUCCCUGCUGGUGAGCCUUGUUCUUCUUCCAGCGUCCCUGCUGGUGAGCCUUGUUCUUCUUCCAGCGUCCCUGCUGGUGAGCCUUGUUCUUCUUCCAGCGUCCCUGCUGGUGAGCCUUGUUCUUCUUCCAGCGUCCCUGCUGAUGAGCCUUGUUCUUCUUCCAGCGUCCCUGCUGGUGAGCCUUGUUCUUCUUCCAGCGUCCCUGCUGGUGUGCCUUGUUCUUCUUCCAGCGACCCUGCUCGUGAGCCUUGUUCUUCUUCCAGCGUCCCUGCUGGUGAGCCUUGUUUUUCUUCCAGCGUCCCUGCUGGUGAGCCUUGUUCUUCUUCCAGCGUCCCUGCUGGUGAGCCUUGUUCUUCUUCCAGCGUCCCUGCUGGUGAGCCUUGUUCUUCUUCCAGCGACCCUGCUCGUGAGCCUUGUUCUUCUUCCAGCGUCCCUGCUGGUGAGCCUUGUUCUUCUUCCAGCGUCCCUGCUGGUGAGCCUUGUUCUUCUUCCAGCGUCCCUGCUGGUGAGCCUUGUUCUUCCAGCGUGCCUGCUGGUGAGCCUUGUUCUUCUUCCAGCGUCCCUGCUGGUGAGCCUUGUUCUUCUUCCAGCGUCCCUGCUCGUGAGCCUUGUUCUUCUUCCAGCGUCCCUGCUGGUGAGCCUUGUUCUUCUUCCAGCGUCCCUGCUGGUGAGCCUUGUUCUUCUUCCAGCGUGCCUGCUGGUGAGCCUUGUUCUUCUUCCAGCGUCCCUGCUGGUGAGCCUUGUUCUUCUUCCAGCGUCCCUGCUGGUGAGCCUUGUUCUUCUUCCAGCGUUCCUGCUGGUGUGCCUUGUUCUUCUUCCAGCGACCCUGCUCGUGAGCCUUGUUCUUCUUCCAGCGUCCCUGCUGGUGAGCCUUGUUUUUCUUCCAGCGUCCCUGCUGGUGAGCCUUGUUCUUCUUCCAGCGUCCCUGCUGGUGAGCCUUGUUCUUCUUCCAGCGUCCCUGCUGGUGAGCCUUGCUCUUCUUCCAGCGACCCUGCUCGUGAGCCUUGUUCUUCUUCCAGCGUCCCUGCUGGUGAGCCUUGUUCUUCUUCCAGCGUCCCUGCUCGUGAGCCUUGUUCUUCUUCCAGCGUCCCUGCUGGUGAGCCCUGUUCUUCUUCCAGCGUCCCUGCUGGUGAGCCUUGUUCUUCUUCCAGCGUCCCUGCUGGUGAGCCUUGUUCUUCUUCCAGCGUCCCUGCUGGUGAGCCUUGUUCUUCUUCCAGCGACCCUGCUCGUGAGCCUUGUUCUUCUUCCAGCGUCCCUGCUGGUGAGCCUUGUUUUUCUUCCAGCGUCCCUGCUGGUGAGCCUUGUUCUUCUUCCAGCGUCCCUGCUGGUGAGCCUUGUUCUUCUUCCAGCGUCCCUGCUGGUGAGCCUUGUUCUUCUUCCAGCGACCCUGCUCGUGAGCCUUGUUCUUCUUCCAGCGUCCCUGCUGGUGAGCCUUGUUCUUCUUCCAGCGUCCCUGCUGGUGAGCCUUGUUCUUCUUCCAGCGUCCCUGCUGGUGAGCCUUGUUCUUCUUCCAGCGUCCCUGCUCGUUAGCCUUGUUCUUCUUCCAGCGUCCCUGCUGGUGAGCCUUGUUCUUCUUCCAGCGUCCCUGCUGGUGAGCCUUGUUCUUCUUCCAGCGUCCCUGCUGGUGAGCCUUGUUCUUCUUCCAGCGUCCCUGCUGGUGAGCCUUGUUCUUCUUCCAGCGUCCCUGCUGGUGAGCUUUGUUCUUCUUCCAGCGUCCCUGCUGGUGAGCCUUGUUCUUCUUCCAGCGUCCCUGCUGGUGAGCCUUGUUCUUCUUCCAGCGUCCCUGCUGGUGAGCCUUGUUCUUCUUCCAGCGUCCCUGCUGGUGAGCCUUGUUCUUCUUCCAGCGUGCCUGCUGGUGAGCCUUGUUCUUCUUCCAGCGUCCCUGCUGGUGAGCCUUGUUCUUCUUCCAGCGUCCCUGCUGGUGAGCCUUGUUCUUCUUCCAGCGUCCCUGCUCGUGAGCCUUGUUCUUCUUCCAGCGUCCCUGCUGGUGAGCCUUGUUCUUCUUCCAGCGUCCCUGCUGGUGAGCCUUGUUCUUCUUCCAGCGUCCCUGCUCGUGAGCCUUGUUCUUCUUCCAGCGUCCCUGCUGGUGAGCCUUGUUCUUCUUCCAGCGUCCCUGCUGGUGAGCCUUGUUCUUCUUCCAGCGUCCCUGCUGGUGAGCCUUGUUCUUCUUCCAGCGUCCCUGCUGGUGAGCCUUGUUCUUCUUCCAGCGUCCCUGCUGGUGAGCCUUGUUCUUCUUCCAGCGUCCCUGCUGGUGAGCCUUGUUCUUCUUCCAGCGUCCCUGCUGGUGAGCCUUGUUCUUCUUCCAGCGUCCCUGCUGGUGAGCCUUGUUCUUCUUCCAGCGUCCCUGCUGGUGAGCCUUGUUCUUCUUCCAGCGUCCCUGCUGGUGAGCCUUGUUCUUCUUCCAGCGUCCCUGCUGGUGAGCCUUGUUCUUCUUCCAGCGUCCCUGCUGGUGAGCCUUGUUCUUCUUCCAGCGUCCCUGCUGGUGAGCCUUGUUCUUCUUCCAGCGUCCCUGCUGGUGAGCCUUGUUCUUCUUCCAGCGUCCCUGCUGGUGAGCCUUGUUCUUCUUCCAGCGUCCCUGCUGGUGAGCCUUGUUCUUCUUCCAGCGUCCCUGCUGGUGAGCCUUGUUCUUCUUCCAGCGUCCCUGCUGGUGAGCCUUGUUCUUCUUCCAGCGUCCCUGCUGGUGAGCCUUGUUCUUCUUCCAGCGUCCCUGCUGGUGAGCCUUGUUCUUCUUCCAGCGUCCCUGCUGGUGAGCCUUGUUCUUCUUCCAGCGUCCCUGCUGGUGAGCCUUGUUCUUCUUCCAGCGUCCCUGCUGGUGAGCCUUGUUCUUCUUCCAGCGUCCCUGCUGGGGCCUGUUCUCUUCCAGCGCCUGCUCGUGAGCCUUGUUCUUCUUCCAGCGUCCCUGCUGGUGAGCCUUGUUCUUCUUCCAGCGUCCCUGCUGGUGAUGCCUUGUUCUUCUUCCAGCGACCCUGCUGCGUCCCUGCUGGUGAGCCUUGUUCUUCUUCCAGCGUCCCUGCUGGUGAGCCUUGUUCUUCUUCCAGCGUCCCUGCUGGUGAGCCUUGUUCUUCUUCCAGCGUCCCUGCUCGUGAGCCUUGUUCUUCUUCCAGCGUCCCUGCUGGUGAGCCUUGUUCUUCUUCCAGCGUCCCUGCUGGUGAGCCUUGUUCUUCUUCCAGCGUCCCUGCUGGUGAGCCUUGUUCUUCUUCCAGCGUCCCUGCUGGUGAGCCUUGUUCUUCUUCCAGCGUCCCUGCUGGUGAGCCUUGUUCUUCUUCCAGCGUCCCUGCUGGUGAGCCUUGUUCUUCUUCCAGCGUCCCUGCUGGUGAGCCUUGUUCUUCUUCCAGCGUCCCUGCUCGUGAGCCUUGUUCUUCUUCCAGCGUCCCUGCUGGUGAGCCUUGUUCUUCUUCCAGCGUCCCUGCUGGUGAGCCUUGUUCUUCUUCCAGCGUCCCUGCUGGUGAGCCUUGUUCUUCUUCCAGCGUCCCUGCUCGUGAGCCUUGUUCUUCUUCCAGCGUCCCUGCUCGUGAGCCUUGUUCUUCUUCCAGCGUCCCUGCUGGUGAGCCUUGUUCUUCUUCCAGCGUCCCUGCUGGUGAGCCUUGUUCUUCUUCCAGCGUCCCUGCUGGUGAGCCUUGCUUCUUCUUCCAGCGUCCCUGCUCGUGAGCCUUGUUCUUCUUCCAGCGUCCCUGCUGGUGAGCCUUGUUCUUCUUCCAGCGUCCCUGCUGGUGAGCCUUGUUCUUCUUCCAGCGUCCCUGCUGCGUCCCUGCUGGUGAGCCUUGUUUUUCUUCCAGCGUCCCUGCUGGUGAGCCUUGUUCUUCUUCCAGCGUCCCUGCUGGUGAGCCUUGUUCUUCUUCCAGCGUCCCUGCUGGUGAGCCUUGUUCUUCUUCCAGCGACCCUGCUCGUGAGCCUUGUUCUUCUUCCAGCGUCCCUGCUGGUGAGCCUUGUUCUUCUUCCAGCGUCCCUGCUGGUGAGCCUUGUUCUUCUUCCAGCGUCCCUGCUGGUGAGCCUUGUUCUUCUUCCAGCGUCCCUGCUCGUUAGCCUUGUUCUUCUUCCAGCGUCCCUGCUGGUGAGCCUUGUUCUUCUUCCAGCGUCCCUGCUGGUGAGCCUUGUUCUUCUUCCAGCGUCCCUGCUGGUGAGCCUUGUUCUUCUUCCAGCGUCCCUGCUGGUGAGCCUUGUUCUUCUUCCAGCGUCCCUGCUGGUGAGCCUUGUUCUUCUUCCAGCGUCCCUGCUGGUGAGCCUUGUUCUUCUUCCAGCGUCCCUGCUGGUGAGCCUUGUUCUUCUUCCAGCGUCCCUGCUGGUGAGCCUUGUUCUUCUUCCAGCGUCCCUGCUGAUGAGCCUUGUUCUUCUUCCAGCGUCCCUGCUGGUGAGCCUUGUUCUUCUUCCAGCGUCCCUGCUGGUGUGCCUUGUUCUUCUUCCAGCGACCCUGCUCGUGAGCCUUGUUCUUCUUCCAGCGUCCCUGCUGGUGAGCCUUGUUCUUCUUCCAGCGUCCCUGCUGGUGAGCCUUGUUCUUCUUCCAGCGUCCCUGCUGGUGAGCCUUGUUCUUCUUCCAGCGUCCCUGCUGGUGAGCCUUGUUCUUCUUCCAGCGUCCCUGCUCGUGAGCCUUGUUCUUCUUCCAGCGUCCCUGCUGGUGAGCCUUGUUCUUCUUCCAGCGUCCCUGCUGGUGAGCCUUGUUCUUCUUCCAGCGUCCCUGCUGGUGAGCCUUGUUCUUCUUCCAGCGUCCCUGCUGGUGUGCCUUGUUCUUCUUCCAGCGACCCUGCUCGUGAGCCUUGUUCUUCUUCCAGCGUCCCUGCUGGUGAGCCUUGUUUUUCUUCCAGCGUCCCUGCUGGUGAGCCUUGUUCUUCUUCCAGCGUCCCUGCUGGUGAGCCUUGUUCUUCUUCCAGCGUCCCUGCUGGUGAGCCUUGUUCUUCUUCCAGCGACCCUGCUGGUGAGCCUUGUUCUUCUUCCAGCGUCCCUGCUGGUGAGCCUUGUUCUUCUUCCAGCGUCCCUGCUGGUGAGCCUUGUUCUUCUUCCAGCGACCCUGCUCGUGAGCCUUGUUCUUCUUCCAGCGUCCCUGCUCGUUAGCCUUGUUCUUCUUCCAGCGUCCCUGCUGGUGAGCCUUGUUCUUCUUCCAGCGUCCCUGCUGGUGAGCCUUGUUCUUCUUCCAGCGUCCCUGCUGGUGAGCCUUGUUCUUCUUCCAGCGUCCCUGCUGGUGAGCCUUGUUCUUCUUCCAGCGUCCCUGCUGGUGAGCCUUGAUCUUCUUCCAGCGUCCCUGCUGGUGAGCCUUGUUCUUCUUCCAGCGUCCCUGCUGGUGAGCCUUGUUCUUCUUCCAGCGUCCCUGCUCGUGAGCCUUGUUCUUCUUCCAGCGUCCCUGCUGGUGAGCCUUGUUCUUCUUCCAGCGUCCCUGCUGGUGAGCCUUGUUCUUCUUCCAGCGUCCCUGCUGGUGAGCCUUGUUCUUCUUCCAGCGUCCCUGCUCGUGAGCCUUGUUCUUCUUCCAGCGUCCCUGCUGGUGAGCCUUGUUCUUCUUCCAGCGUCCCUGCUGGUGAGCCUUGUUCUUCUUCCAGCGUCCCUGCUGGUGAGCCUUGUUCUUCUUCCAGCGUCCCUGCUGGUGAGCCUUGUUCUUCUUCCAGCGUCCCUGCUCGUGAGCCUUGUUCUUCUUCCAGCGUCCCUGCUGGUGAGCCUUGUUCUUCUUCCAGCGUCCCUGCUGGUGAGCCUUGUUCUUCUUCCAGCGUCCCUGCUGGUGAGCCUUGUUCUUCUUCCAGCGUCCCUGCUGGUGUGCCUUGUUCUUCUUCCAGCGACCCUGCUCGUGAGCCUUGUUCUUCUUCCAGCGUCCCUGCUGGUGAGCCUUGUUUUUCUUCCAGCGUCCCUGCUGGUGAGCCUUGUUCUUCUUCCAGCGUCCCUGCUGGUGAGCCUUGUUCUUCUUCCAGCGUCCCUGCUGGUGAGCCUUGUUCUUCUUCCAGCGACCCUGCUCGUGAGCCUUGUUCUUCUUCCAGCGUCCCUGCUGGUGAGCCUUGUUCUUCUUCCAGCGUCCCUGCUGGUGAGCCUUGUUCUUCUUCCAGCGUCCCUGCUGGUGAGCCUUGUUCUUCUUCCAGCGUCCCUGCUCGUUAGCCUUGUUCUUCUUCCAGCGUCCCUGCUGGUGAGCCUUGUUCUUCUUCCAGCGUCCCUGCUGGUGAGCCUUGUUCUUCUUCCAGCGUCCCUGCUGGUGAGCCUUGUUCUUCUUCCAGCGUCCCUGCUGGUGAGCCUUGUUCUUCUUCCAGCGUCCCUGCUGGUGAGCCUUGUUCUUCUUCCAGCGUCCCUGCUGGUGAGCCUUGUUCUUCUUCCAGCGUCCCUGCUGGUGAGCCUUGUUCUUCUUCCAGCGUCCCUGCUGGUGAGCCUUGUUCUUCUUCCAGCGUCCCUGCUGAUGAGCCUUGUUCUUCUUCCAGCGUCCCUGCUGGUGAGCCUUGUUCUUCUUCCAGCGUCCCUGCUGGUGUGCCUUGUUCUUCUUCCAGCGACCCUGCUCGUGAGCCUUGUUCUUCUUCCAGCGUCCCUGCUGGUGAGCCUUGUUCUUCUUCCAGCGUCCCUGCUGGUGAGCCUUGUUCUUCUUCCAGCGUCCCUGCUGGUGAGCCUUGUUCUUCUUCCAGCGUCCCUGCUGGUGAGCCUUGUUCUUCUUCCAGCGUCCCUGCUGGUGAGCCUUGUUCUUCUUCCAGCGUCCCUGCCGGUGAGCCUUGUUCUUCUUCCAGCGUCCCUGCUCGUGAGCCUUGUUCUUCUUCCAGCGUCCCUGCUCGUGAGCCUUGUUCUUCUUCCAGCGUCCCUGCUGGUGAGCCUUGUUCUUCUUCCAGCGUCCCUGCUGGUGAGCCUUGUUCUUCUUCCAGCGUCCCUGCUGGUGAGCCUUGUUCUUCUUCCAGCGUCCCUGCUGGUGAGCCUUGUUCUUCUUCCAGCGACCCUGCUCGUGAGCCUUGUUCUUCUUCCAGCGUCCCUGCUGGUGAGCCUUGUUCUUCUUCCAGCGUCCCUGCUGGUGAGCCUUGUUCUUCUUCCAGCGUCCCUGCUGGUGAGCCUUGUUCUUCUUCCAGCGUCCCUGCUCGUUAGCCUUGUUCUUCUUCCAGCGUCCCUGCUGGUGAGCCUUGUUCUUCUUCCAGCGUCCCUGCUGGUGAGCCUUGUUCUUCUUCCAGCGUCCCUGCUGGUGAGCCUUGUUCUUCUUCCAGCGUCCCUGCUGGUGAGCCUUGUUCUUCUUCCAGCGUCCCUGCUGGUGAGCCUUGUUCUUCUUCCAGCGUCCCUGCUGGUGAGCCUUGUUCUUCUUCCAGCGUCCCUGCUGGUGAGCCUUGUUCUUCUUCCAGCGUCCCUGCUGGUGAGCCUUGUUCUUCUUCCAGCGUCCCUGCUGAUGAGCCUUGUUCUUCUUCCAGCGUCCCUGCUGGUGAGCCUUGUUCUUCUUCCAGCGUCCCUGCUGGUGUGCCUUGUUCUUCUUCCAGCGACCCUUCUCGUGAGCCUUGUUCUUUUUCCAGCGUCCCUGCUGGUGAGCCUUGUUUUUCUUCCAGCGUCCCUGCUGGUGAGCCUUGUUCUUCUUCCAGCGUCCCUGCUGGUGAGCCUUGUUCUUCUUCCAGCGUCCCUGCUGGUGAGCCUUGUUCUUCUUCCAGCGACCCUGCUCGUGAGCCUUGUUCUUCUUCCAGCGUCCCUGCUGGUGAGCCUUGUUCUUCUUCCAGCGUCCCUGCUGGUGAGCCUUGUUCUUCUUCCAGCGUCCCUGCUGGUGAGCCUUGUUCUUCUUCCAGCGUGCCUGCUGGUGAGCCUUGUUCUUCUUCCAGCGUCCCUGCUGGUGAGCCUUGUUCUUCUUCCAGCGUCCCUGCUCGUGAGCCUUGUUCUUCUUCCAGCGUCCCUGCUGGUGAGCCUUGUUCUUCUUCCAGCGUCCCUGCUGGUGAGCCUUGUUCUUCUUCCAGCGUGCCUGCUGGUGAGCCUUGUUCUUCUUCCAGCGUCCCUGCUGGUGAGCCUUGUUCUUCUUCCAGCGUCCCUGCUGGUGAGCCUUGUUCUUCUUCCAGCGUUCCUGCUGGUGUGCCUUGUUCUUCUUCCAGCGACCCUGCUCGUGAGCCUUGUUCUUCUUCCAGCGUCCCUGCUGGUGAGCCUUGUUUUUCUUCCAGCGUCCCUGCUGGUGAGCCUUGUUCUUCUUCCAGCGUCCCUGCUGGUGAGCCUUGUUCUUCUUCCAGCGUCCCUGCUGGUGAGCCUUGCUCUUCUUCCAGUGACCCUGCUCGUGAGCCUUGUUCUUCUUCCAGCGUCCCUGCUGGUGAGCCUUGUUCUUCUUCCAGCGUCCCUGCUGGUGAGCCUUGUUCUUCUUCCAGCGUCCCUGCUGGUGAGCCUUGUUCUUCUUCCAGCGUCCCUGCUCGUUAGCCUUGUUCUUCUUCCAGCGUCCCUGCUGGUGAGCCUUGUUCUUCUUCCAGCGUGCCUGCUGGUGAGCCUUGUUGUUCUUUUAGCGUCCCUGCUGGUGAGCCUUGUUCUUCUUCCAGCGUCCCUGCUCGUGAGCCUUGUUCUUCUUCCAGUGUCCCUGCUGGUGAGCGAGCCUUGUUCUUCUUCCAGCGUCCCUGCUGGUGAGCCUUGUUCUUCUUCCAGCGUCCCUGCUGGUGAGCCUUGUUCUUCUUCCAGCGUCCCUGCUGGUGAGCCUUGUUCUUCUUCCAGCGUCCCUGCUGGUGAGCCUUGUUCUUCUUCCAGCGUCCCUGCUGGUGAGCCUUGUUCUUCUUCCAGCGUCCCUGCUGGUGAGCCUUGUUCUUCUUCCAGCGUCCCUGCUGGUGAGCCUUGUUCUUCUUCCAGCGUCCCUGCUGGUGAGCCUUGUUCUUCUUCCAGCGUCCCUGCUGGUGAGCCUUGUUCUUCUUCCAGCGUCCCUGCUGGUGAGCCUUGUUCUUCUUCCAGCGUCCCUGCUCGUGAGCCUUGUUCUUCUUCCAGCGUCCCUGCUGGUGAGCCUUGUUCUUCUUCCAGCGUCCCUGCUGGUGAGCCUUGUUCUUCUUCCAGCGUCCCUGCUCGUGAGCCUUGUUCUUCUUCCAGCGUCCCUGCUGGUGAGCCUUGUCCUUCUUCCAGCGUCCCUGCUGGUGAGCCUUGUUCUUCUUCCAGCGUCCCUGCUGGUGAGCCUUGUUCUUCUUCCAGCGUCCCUGCUGGUGAGCCUUGUUCUUCUUCCAGCGACCCUGCUCGUGAGCCUUGUUCUUCUUCCAGCGUCCCUGCUGGUGAGCCUUGUUUUUCUUCCAGCGUCCCUGCUGGUGAGCCUUGUUCUUCUUCCAGCGUCCCUGCUGGUGAGCCUUGUUCUUCUUCCAGCGUCCCUGCUGCGUCCCUGCUGGUGAGCCUUGUUCUUCUUCCAGCGUCCCUGCUGGUGAGCCUUGUUCUUCUUCCAGCGUCCCUGCUGGUGAGCCUUGUUCUUCUUCCAGCGUCCCUGCUGGUGAGCCUUGUUCUUCUUCCAGCGUCCCUGCUGGUGAGCCUUGUUCUUCUUCCAGCGUCCCUGCUGGUGAGCCUUGUUCUUCUUCCAGCGUCCCUGCUGGUGAGCCUUGUUCUUCUUCCAGCGUCCCUGCUGGUGAGCCUUGUUCUUCUUCCAGCGUCCCUGCUGGUGAGCCUUGUUCUUCUUCCAGCGUCCCUGCUGGUGAGCCUUGUUCUUCUUCCAGCGUCCCUGCUCGUGAGCCUUGUUCUUCUUCCAGCGUCCCUGCUGGUGAGCCUUGUUCUUCUUCCAGCGUCCCUGCUGGUGAGCCUUGUUCUUCUUCCAGCGUCCCUGCUCGUGAGCCUUGUUCUUCUUCCAGCGUCCCUGCUGGUGAGCCCUGUUCUUCUUCCAGCGUCCCUGCUGGUGAGCCUUGUUCUUCUUCCAGCGUCCCUGCUGGUGAGCCUUGUUCUUCUUCCAGCGUCCCUGCUGGUGAGCCUUGUUCUUCUUCCAGCGUCCCUGCUCGUGAGCCUUGUUCUUCUUCCAGCGUCCCUGCUGGUGAGCCUUGUUUUUCUUCCAGCGUCCCUGCUGGUGAGCCUUGUUCUUCUUCCAGCGUCCCUGCUGGUGAGCCUUGUUCUUCUUCCAGCGUCCCUGCUGGUGAGCCUUGUUCUUCUUCCAGCGACCCUGCUCGUGAGCCUUGUUCUUCUUCCAGCGUCCCUGCUGGUGAGCCUUGUUCUUCUUCCAGCGUCCCUGCUGGUGAGCCUUGUUCUUCUUCCAGCGUCCCUGCUGGUGAGCCUUGUUCUUCUUCCAGCGUCCCUGCUCGUUAGCCUUGUUCUUCUUCCAGCGUCCCUGCUGGUGAGCCUUGUUCUUCUUCCAGCGUCCCUGCUGGUGAGCCUUGUUCUUCUUCCAGCGUCCCUGCUGGUGAGCCUUGUUCUUCUUCCAGCGUCCCUGCCGGUGAGCCUUGUUCUUCUUCCAGCGUCCCUGCUGGUGAGCCUUGUUCUUCUUCCAGCGUCCCUGCUGGUGAGCCUUGUUCUUCUUCCAGCGUCCCUGCUGGUGAGCCUUGUUCUUCUUCCAGCGUCCCUGCUGGUGAGCCUUGUUCUUCUUCCAGCGUCCCUGCUGAUGAGCCUUGUUCUUCUUCCAGCGUCCCUGCUGGUGAGCCUUGUUCUUCUUCCAGCGUCCCUGCUGGUGUGCCUUGUUCUUCUUCCAGCGACCCUGCUCGUGAGCCUUGUUCUUCUUCCAGCGUCCCUGCUGGUGAGCCUUGUUUUUCUUCCAGCGUCCCUGCUGGUGAGCCUUGUUCUUCUUCCAGCGUCCCUGCUGGUGAGCCUUGUUCUUCUUCCAGCGUCCCUGCUGGUGAGCCUUGUUCUUCUUCCAGCGACCCUGCUCGUGAGCCUUGUUCUUCUUCCAGCGUCCCUGCUGGUGAGCCUUGUUCUUCUUCCAGCGUCCCUGCUGGUGAGCCUUGUUCUUCUUCCAGCGUCCCUGCUGGUGAGCCUUGUUCUUCUUCCAGCGUGCCUGCUGGUGAGCCUUGUUCUUCUUCCAGCGUCCCUGCUGGUGAGCCUUGUUCUUCUUCCAGCGUCCCUGCUCGUGAGCCUUGUUCUUCUUCCAGCGUCCCUGCUGGUGAGCCUUGUUCUUCUUCCAGCGUCCCUGCUGGUGAGCCUUGUUCUUCUUCCAGCGUCCCUGCUGGUGAGCCUUGUUCUUCUUCCAGCGUGCCUGCUGGUGAGCCUUGUUCUUCUUCCAGCGUCCCUGCUGGUGAGCCUUGUUCUUCUUCCAGCGUCCCUGCUGGUGAGCCUUGUUCUUCUUCCAGCGUCCCUGCUGGUGAGCCUUGUUCUUCUUCCAGCGUCCCUGCUGGUGAGCCUUGUUCUUCUUCCAGCGUGCCUGCUGGUGAGCCUUGUUCUUCUUCCAGCGUCCCUGCUGGUGAGCCUUGUUCUUCUUCCAGCGUCCCUGCUGGUGAGCCUUGUUCUUCUUCCAGCGUUCCUGCUGGUGUGCCUUGUUCUUCUUCCAGCGACCCUGCUCGUGAGCCUUGUUCUUCUUCCAGCGUCCCUGCUGGUGAGCCUUGUUUUUCUUCCAGCGUCCCUGCUGGUGAGCCUUGUUCUUCUUCCAGCGUCCCUGCUGGUGAGCCUUGUUCUUCUUCCAGCGUCCCUGCUGGUGAGCCUUGCUCUUCUUCCAGUGACCCUGCUCGUGAGCCUUGUUCUUCUUCCAGCGUCCCUGCUGGUGAGCCUUGUUCUUCUUCCAGCGUCCCUGCUGGUGAGCCUUGUUCUUCUUCCAGCGUCCCUGCUGGUGAGCCUUGUUCUUCUUCCAGCGUCCCUGCUCGUUAGCCUUGUUCUUCUUCCAGCGUCCCUGCUGGUGAGCCUUGUUCUUCUUCCAGCGUGCCUGCUGGUGAGCCUUGUUGUUCUUUUAGCGUCCCUGCUGGUGAGCCUUGUUCUUCUUCCAGCGUCCCUGCUCGUGAGCCUUGUUCUUCUUCCAGUGUCCCUGCUGGUGAGCGAGCCUUGUUCUUCUUCCAGCGUCCCUGCUGGUGAGCCUUGUUCUUCUUCCAGCGUCCCUGCUGGUGAGCCUUGUUCUUCUUCCAGCGUCCCUGCUGGUGAGCCUUGUUCUUCUUCCAGCGUCCCUGCUGGUGAGCCUUGUUCUUCUUCCAGCGUCCCUGCUGGUGAGCCUUGUUCUUCUUCCAGCGUCCCUGCUGGUGAGCCUUGUUCUUCUUCCAGCGUCCCUGCUGGUGAGCCUUGUUCUUCUUCCAGCGUCCCUGCUGGUGAGCCUUGUUCUUCUUCCAGCGUCCCUGCUGGUGAGCCUUGUUCUUCUUCCAGCGUCCCUGCUGGUGAGCCUUGUUCUUCUUCCAGCGUCCCUGCUCGUGAGCCUUGUUCUUCUUCCAGCGUCCCUGCUGGUGAGCCUUGUUCUUCUUCCAGCGUCCCUGCUGGUGAGCCUUGUUCUUCUUCCAGCGUCCCUGCUCGUGAGCCUUGUUCUUCUUCCAGCGUCCCUGCUGGUGAGCCUUGUCCUUCUUCCAGCGUCCCUGCUGGUGAGCCUUGUUCUUCUUCCAGCGUCCCUGCUGGUGAGCCUUGUUCUUCUUCCAGCGUCCCUGCUGCGUCCCUGCUGGUGAGCCUUGUUCUUCUUCCAGCGUCCCUGCUGGUGAGCCUUGUUCUUCUUCCAGCGUCCCUGCUGGUGAGCCUUGUUCUUCUUCCAGCGACCCUGCUCGUGAGCCUUGUUCUUCUUCCAGCGUCCCUGCUGGUGAGCCUUGUUCUUCUUCCAGCGUCCCUGCUGGUGAGCCUUGUUCUUCUUCCAGCGUCCCUGCUGGUGAGCCUUGUUCUUCUUCCAGCGUCCCUGCUGGUGAGCCUUGUUCUUCUUCCAGCGUCCCUGCUGGUGAGCCUUGUUCUUCUUCCAGCGUCCCUGCUGGUGAGCCUUGUUCUUCUUCCAGCGUCCCUGCUGGUGAGCCUUGUUCUUCUUCCAGCGUCCCUGCUGGUGAGCCUUGUUCUUCUUCCAGCGUCCCUGCUGGUGAGCCUUGUUCUUCUUCCAGCGUCCCUGCUGGUGAGCCUUGUUCUUCUUCCAGCGUCCCUGCUGGUGAGCCUUGUUCUUCUUCCAGCGUCCCUGCUCGUGAGCCUUGUUCUUCUUCCAGCGUCCCUGCUGGUGAGCCUUGUUCUUCUUCCAGCGUCCCUGCUGGUGAGCCUUGUUCUUCUUCCAGCGUCCCUGCUCGUGAGCCUUGUUCUUCUUCCAGCGUCCCUGCUGGUGAGCCCUGUUCUUCUUCCAGCGUCCCUGCUGGUGAGCCUUGUUCUUCUUCCAGCGUCCCUGCUGGUGAGCCUUGUUCUUCUUCCAGCGUCCCUGCUGGUGAGCCUUGUUCUUCUUCCAGCGACCCUGCUCGUGAGCCUUGUUCUUCUUCCAGCGUCCCUGCUGGUGAGCCUUGUUUUUCUUCCAGCGUCCCUGCUGGUGAGCCUUGUUCUUCUUCCAGCGUCCCUGCUGGUGAGCCUUGUUCUUCUUCCAGCGUCCCUGCUGGUGAGCCUUGUUCUUCUUCCAGCGACCCUGCUCGUGAGCCUUGUUCUUCUUCCAGCGUCCCUGCUGGUGAGCCUUGUUCUUCUUCCAGCGUCCCUGCUGGUGAGCCUUGUUCUUCUUCCAGCGUCCCUGCUGGUGAGCCUUGUUCUUCUUCCAGCGUCCCUGCUCGUUAGCCUUGUUCUUCUUCCAGCGUCCCUGCUGGUGAGCCUUGUUCUUCUUCCAGCGUCCCUGCUGGUGAGCCUUGUUCUUCUUCCAGCGUCCCUGCUGGUGAGCCUUGUUCUUCUUCCAGCGUCCCUGCCGGUGAGCCUUGUUCUUCUUCCAGCGUCCCUGCUGGUGAGCCUUGUUCUUCUUCCAGCGUCCCUGCUGGUGAGCCUUGUUCUUCUUCCAGCGUCCCUGCUGGUGAGCCUUGUUCUUCUUCCAGCGUCCCUGCUGGUGAGCCUUGUUCUUCUUCCAGCGUCCCUGCUGAUGAGCCUUGUUCUUCUUCCAGCGUCCCUGCUGGUGAGCCUUGUUCUUCUUCCAGCGUCCCUGCUGGUGUGCCUUGUUCUUCUUCCAGCGACCCUGCUCGUGAGCCUUGUUCUUCUUCCAGCGUCCCUGCUGGUGAGCCUUGUUUUUCUUCCAGCGUCCCUGCUGGUGAGCCUUGUUCUUCUUCCAGCGUCCCUGCUGGUGAGCCUUGUUCUUCUUCCAGCGUCCCUGCUGGUGAGCCUUGUUCUUCUUCCAGCGACCCUGCUCGUGAGCCUUGUUCUUCUUCCAGCGUCCCUGCUGGUGAGCCUUGUUCUUCUUCCAGCGUCCCUGCUGGUGAGCCUUGUUCUUCUUCCAGCGUCCCUGCUGGUGAGCCUUGUUCUUCUUCCAGCGUGCCUGCUGGUGAGCCUUGUUCUUCUUCCAGCGUCCCUGCUGGUGAGCCUUGUUCUUCUUCCAGCGUCCCUGCUCGUGAGCCUUGUUCUUCUUCCAGCGUCCCUGCUGGUGAGCCUUGUUCUUCUUCCAGCGUCCCUGCUGGUGAGCCUUGUUCUUCUUCCAGCGUGCCUGCUGGUGAGCCUUGUUCUUCUUCCAGCGUCCCUGCUGGUGAGCCUUGUUCUUCUUCCAGCGUCCCUGCUGGUGAGCCUUGUUCUUCUUCCAGCGUUCCUGCUGGUGUGCCUUGUUCUUCUUCCAGCGACCCUGCUCGUGAGCCUUGUUCUUCUUCCAGCGUCCCUGCUGGUGAGCCUUGUUUUUCUUCCAGCGUCCCUGCUGGUGAGCCUUGUUCUUCUUCCAGCGUCCCUGCUGGUGAGCCUUGUUCUUCUUCCAGCGUCCCUGCUGGUGAGCCUUGCUCUUCUUCCAGCGACCCUGCUCGUGAGCCUUGUUCUUCUUCCAGCGUCCCUGCUGGUGAGCCUUGUUCUUCUUCCAGCGUCCCUGCUGGUGAGCCUUGUUCUUCUUCCAGCGUGCCUGCUGGUGAGCCUUGUUCUUCUUCCAGCGUCCCUGCUCGUUAGCCUUGUUCUUCUUCCAGCGUCCCUGCUGGUGAGCCUUGUUCUUCUUCCAGCGUGCCUGCUGGUGAGCCUUGUCCUUCUUCCAGCGUCCCUGCUGGUGAGCCUUGUUCUUCUUCCAGCGUCCCUGCUCGUGAGCCUUGUUCUUCUUCCAGUGUCCCUGCUGGUGAGCGAGCCUUGUUCUUCUUCCAGCGUCCCUGCUGGUGAGCCUUGUUCUUCUUCCAGCGUCCCUGCUGGUGAGCCUUGUUCUUCUUCCAGCGUCCCUGCUGAUGAGCCUUGUUCUUCUUCCAGCGUCCCUGCUGGUGAGCCUUGUUCUUCUUCCAGCGUCCCUGCUGGUGUGCCUUGUUCUUCUUCCAGCGACCCUGCUCGUGAGCCUUGUUCUUCUUCCAGCGUCCCUGCUGGUGAGCCUUGUUUUUCUUCCAGCGUCCCUGCUGGUGAGCCUUGUUCUUCUUCCAGCGUCCCUGCUGGUGAGCCUUGUUCUUCUUCCAGCGUCCCUGCUGGUGAGCCUUGUUCUUCUUCCAGCGACCCUGCUCGUGAGCCUUGUUCUUCUUCCAGCGUCCCUGCUGGUGAGCCUUGUUCUUCUUCCAGCGUCCCUGCUGGUGAGCCUUGUUCUUCUUCCAGCGUCCCUGCUGGUGAGCCUUGUUCUUCUUCCAGCGUGCCUGCUGGUGAGCCUUGUUCUUCUUCCAGCGUCCCUGCUGGUGAGCCUUGUUCUUCUUCCAGCGUCCCUGCUCGUGAGCCUUGUUCUUCUUCCAGCGUCCCUGCUGGUGAGCCUUGUUCUUCUUCCAGCGUCCCUGCUGGUGAGCCUUGUUCUUCUUCCAGCGUGCCUGCUGGUGAGCCUUGUUCUUCUUCCAGCGUCCCUGCUGGUGAGCCUUGUUCUUCUUCCAGCGUCCCUGCUGCGUCCCUGCUGGUGAGCCUUGUUUUUCUUCCAGCGUCCCUGCUGGUGAGCCUUGUUCUUCUUCCAGCGUCCCUGCUGGUGAGCCUUGUUCUUCUUCCAGCGUCCCUGCUGGUGAGCCUUGCUCUUCUUCCAGCGACCCUGCUCGUGAGCCUUGUUCUUCUUCCAGCGUCCCUGCUGGUGAGCCUUGUUCUUCUUCCAGCGUCCCUGCUGGUGAGCCUUGUUCUUCUUCCAGCGUGCCUGCUGGUGAGCCUUGUUCUUCUUCCAGCGUCCCUGCUCGUUAGCCUUGUUCUUCUUCCAGCGUCCCUGCUGGUGAGCCUUGUUCUUCUUCCAGCGUGCCUGCUGGUGAGCCUUGUCCUUCUUCCAGCGUCCCUGCUGGUGAGCCUUGUUCUUCUUCCAGCGUCCCUGCUCGUGAGCCUUGUUCUUCUUCCAGUGUCCCUGCUGGUGAGCGAGCCUUGUUCUUCUUCCAGCGUCCCUGCUCGUGAGCCUUGUUCUUCUUCCAGCGUCCCUGCUGGUGAGCCUUGUUCUUCUUCCAGCGUCCCUGCUGGUGAGCCUUGUUCUUCUUCCAGCGUCCCUGCUGGUGAGCCUUGUUCUUCUUCCAGCGUCCCUGCUGGUGAGCCUUGUUCUUCUUCCAGCGUCCCUGCUGGUGAGCCUUGUUCUUCUUCCAGCGUCCCUGCUGGUGAGCCUUGUUCUUCUUCCAGCGUCCCUGCUGGUGAGCCUUGUUCUUCUUCCAGCGUCCCUGCUGGUGAGCCUUGUUCUUCUUCCAGCGUCCCUGCUGGUGAGCCUUGUUCUUCUUCCAGCGUCCCUGCUCGUGAGCCUUGUUCUUCUUCCAGCGUCCCUGCUGGUGAGCCUUGUUCUUCUUCCAGCGUCCCUGCUGGUGAGCCUUGUUCUUCUUCCAGCGUCCCUGCUCGUGAGCCUUGUUCUUCUUCCAGCGUCCCUGCUGGUGAGCCCUGUUCUUCUUCCAGCGUCCCUGCUGGUGAGCCUUGUUCUUCUUCCAGCGUCCCUGCUGGUGAGCCUUGUUCUUCUUCCAGCGUCCCUGCUGGUGAGCCUUGUUCUUCUUCCAGCGUCCCUGCUGGUGAGCCUUGUUUUUCUUCCAGCGUCCCUGCUGGUGAGCCUUGUUCUUCUUCCAGCAUCCCAACUGGUGAGCCUUGUUCUUCUUCCAGCGUCCCUGCUGGUGAGCCUUGUUCUUCUUCCAGCGACCCUGCUCGUGAGCCUUGUUCUUCUUCCAGCGUCCCUGCUGGUGAGCCUUGUUCUUCUUCCAGCGUCCCUGCUGGUGAGCCUUGUUCUUCUUCCAGCGUCCCUGCUGGUGAGCCUUGUUCUUCUUCCAGCGUGCCUGCUGGUGAGCCUUGUUCUUCUUCCAGCGUCCCUGCUGGUGAGCCUUGUUCUUCUUCCAGCGUCCCUGCUGGUGAGCCUUGUUCUUCUUCCAGCGUCCCUGCUGGUGAGCCUUGUUCUUCUUCCAGCGUCCCUGCUCGUGAGCCUUGUUCUUCUUCCAGCGUCCCUGCUGGUGAGCCUUGUUCUUCUUCCAGCGACCCUGCUCGUGAGCCUUGUUCUUCUUCCAGCGUCCCUGCUGGUGAGCCUUGUUCUUCUUCCAGCGUCCCUGCUGGUGAGCCUUGUUCUUCUUCCAGCGUCCCUGCUGGUGAGCCUUGUUCUUCUUCCAGCGACCCUGCUCGUGAGCCUUGUUCUUCUUCCAGCGUCCCUGCUGGUGAGCCUUGUUCUUCUUCCAGCGUCCCUGCUGGUGAGCCUUGUUCUUCUUCCAGCGUCCCUGCUGGUGAGCCUUGUUCUUCUUCCAGCGUGCCUGCUGGUGAGCCUUGUUCUUCUUCCAGCGUCCCUGCUGGUGAGCCUUGUUCUUCUUCCAGCGUCCCUGCUGGUGAGCCUUGUUCUUCUUCCAGCGUCCCUGCUGGUGAGCCUUGUUCUUCUUCCAGCUUCCCUGCUCGUGAGCCUUGUUCUUCUUCCAGCGUCCCUGCUGGUGAGCCUUGUUCUUCUUCCAGCGUCCCUGCUGGUGAGCCUUGUUCUUCUUCCAGCGUCCCUGCUGGUGAGCCUUGUUCUUCUUCCAGCGUCCCUGCUGGUGAGCCUUGUUCUUCUUCCAGCGUCCCUGCUGGUGAGCCUUGUUCUUCUUCCAGCGUCCCUGCUGGUGAGCCUUGUUCUUCUUCCAGCGUCCCUGCUGGUGUGCCUUGUUCUUCUUCCAGCGACCCUGCUCGUGAGCCUUGUUCUUCUUCCAGCGUCCCUGCUGGUGAGCCUUGUUUUUCUUCCAGCGUCCCUGCUGGUGAGCCUUGUUCUUCUUCCAGCGUCCCUGCUGGUGAGCCUUGUUCUUCUUCCAGCGUCCCUGCUGGUGAGCCUUGUUCUUCUUCCAGCGACCCUGCUCGUGAGCCUUGUUCUUCUUCCAGCGUCCCUGCUGGUGAGCCUUGUUCUUCUUCCAGCCCUUGUUCUUCUUCCAGCGUCCCUGCUGGUGAGCCUUGUUCUUCUUCCAGCGUCCCUGCUGGUGAGCCUUGUUCUUCUUCCAGCGUCCCUGCUGGUGAGCCUUGUUCUUCUUCCAGCGUCCCUGCUCGUGAGCCUUGUUCUUCUUCCAGCGUCCCUGCUGGUGAGCCUUGUUCUUCUUCCAGCGUCCCUGCUGGUGAGCCUUGUUCUUCUUCCAGCGUCCCUGCUGGUGAGCCUUGUUCUUCUUCCAGCGUCCCUGCUGGUGAGCCUUGUUCUUCUUCCAGCGUCCCUGCUGGUGAGCCUUGUUCUUCUUCCAGCGUCCCUGCUGGUGAGCCUUGUUCUUCUUCCAGCGUCCCUGCUGGUGUGCCUUGUUCUUCUUCCAGCGACCCUGCUCGUGAGCCUUGUUCUUCUUCCAGCGUCCCUGCUGGUGAGCCUUGUUUUUCUUCCAGCGUCCCUGCUGGUGAGCCUUGUUCUUCUUCCAGCGUCCCUGCUGGUGAGCCUUGUUCUUCUUCCAGCGUCCCUGCUGGUGAGCCUUGUUCUUCUUCCAGCGACCCUGCUCGUGAGCCUUGUUCUUCUUCCAGCGUCCCUGCUGGUGAGCCUUGUUCUUCUUCCAGCGUCCCUGCUGGUGAGCCUUGUUCUUCUUCCAGCGUCCCUGCUGGUGAGCCUUGUUCUUCUUCCAGCGUGCCUGCUGGUGAGCCUUGUUCUUCUUCCAGCGUCCCUGCUGGUGAGCCUUGUUCUUCCUCCAGCGUCCCUGCUCGUGAGCCUUGUUCUUCUUCCAGCGUCCCUGCUGGUGAGCCUUGUUCUUCUUCCAGCGUCCCUGCUGGUGAGCCUUGUUCUUCUUCCAGCGUGCCUGCUGGUGAGCCUUGUUCUUCUUCCAGCGUCCCUGCUGGUGAGCCUUGUUCUUCUUCCAGCGUCCCUGCUGGUGAGCCUUGUUCUUCUUCCAGCGUUCCUGCUGGUGUGCCUUGUUCUUCUUCCAGCGUCCCUGCUGGUGAGCCUUGUUCUUCUUCCAGCGUCCCUGCUGGUGAGCCUUGUUCUUCUUCCAGCGUCCCUGCUGGUGAGCCUUGUUCUUCUUCCAGCGUCCCUGCUGGUGAGCCUUGUUCUUCUUCCAGCGUCCCUGCUCGUGAGCCUUGUUCUUCUUCCAGCGUCCCUGCUGGUGAGCCUUGUUCUUCUUCCAGCGUCCCUGCUGGUGAGCCUUGUUCUUCUUCCAGCGUCCCUGCUCGUGAGCCUUGUUCUUCUUCCAGCGUCCCUGCUGGUGAGCCCUGUUCUUCUUCCAGCGUCCCUGCUGGUGAGCCUUGUUCUUCUUCCAGCGUCCCUGCUGGUGAGCCUUGUUCUUCUUCCAGCGUCCCUGCUGGUGAGCCUUGUUCUUCUUCCAGCGUCCCUGCUGGUGAGCCUUGUUCUUCUUCCAGCGACCCUGCUCGUGAGCCUUGUUCUUCUUCCAGCGUCCCUGCUGGUGAGCCUUGUUUUUCUUCCAGCGUCCCUGCUGGUGAGCCUUGUUCUUCUUCCAGCGUCCCUGCUGGUGAGCCUUGUUCUUCUUCCAGCGUCCCUGCUGGUGAGCCUUGUUCUUCUUCCAGCGACCCUGCUCGUGAGCCUUGUUCUUCUUCCAGCGUCCCUGCUGGUGAGCCUUGUUCUUCUUCCAGCGUCCCUGCUGGUGAGCCUUGUUCUUCUUCCAGCGUCCCUGCUGGUGAGCGCCUUGUUCUUCUUCCAGCGUCCCUGCUCGUUAGCCUUGUUCUUCUUCCAGCGUCCCUGCUGGUGAGCCUUGUUCUUCUUCCAGCGUCCCUGCUGGUGAGCCUUGUUCUUCUUCCAGCGUCCCUGCUGGUGAGCCUUGUUCUUCUUCCAGCGUCCCUGCUCGUGAGCCUUGUUCUUCUUCCAGCGUCCCUGCUGGUGAGCCUUGUUCUUCUUCCAGCGUCCCUGCUGGUGAGCCUUGUUCUUCUUCCAGCGUCCCUGCUGGUGAGCCUUGUUCUUCUUCCAGCGUCCCUGCUGGUGAGCCUUGUUCUUCUUCCAGCGUCCCUGCUGGUGAGCCUUGUUCUUCUUCCAGCGUCCCUGCUGGUGAGCCUUGUUCUUCUUCCAGCGUCCCUGCUGGUGAGCCUUGUUCUUCUUCCAGCGUCCCUGCUGGUGAGCCUUGUUCUUCUUCCAGCGUCCCUGCUGGUGAGCCUUGUUCUUCUUCCAGCGUCCCUGCUGGUGAGCCCUGUUCUUCUUCCAGCGUCCCUGCUGGUGAGCCUUGUUCUUCUUCCAGCGUCCCUGCUGGUGAGCCUUGUUCUUCUUCCAGCGUCCCUGCUGGUGAGCCUUGUUCUUCUUCCAGCGUCCCUGCUGGUGAGCCUUGUUCUUUUUCCAGCGUCCCUGGUGGCAGCUGCGGGGUCCGCUUGGCGUGGUGGGACUCAAAUGCUGCCUUUCUGGGCUUACAAGCCCGCAGGCAGUGUUGCUUUACAAACGGGUGAAAGGCAUCAUCUCAUUGGUUCUUCAUCUCAUUGGUUCUUCAUCUCAUUGCAUCUCACGGAAUUCUUCAUCCUUUAUUCUCUCUCGUGUUGUCACAUUGCCUCCUCUGCGGGAACCCCACCUGCCACUCCAUCUUCUCCUCCCCCCCUUCUCCCCUUUGUCGUCUCCAUCUCCCACCCUCCCUCGCUUCCUCAUUCCUUCCAGAAGCAUCUUCCCUCUCUUCCCCUUCCGUCCCCUCCCCUCCCCUACCCUCGCCUUUUUUCCCCUCCCCUCCCCUUCCCUCCUGUUUCCGAAUCUUCCCUUCCCGUCCCCCCGUCCAGCUCCCUCUCUUGUUCCUUUCCUCUCAUGCAAUCCCUCACACAUUCCCGCACACUCUCACACUCUUUUCUCACACGUUCCAUCUCUUCCCACCCUGCUCGUCCAUCUCACCCAUCUCUCACAAGUGAAUCGCGGGAGCAAAGGGAAGAGAGGAGUGGUUCAGGAGCAGCCCUCGGCCUCGUGUUGGUGCACCAAACAGUGACUUUCAUGAAGGGAGAGCUCGCCUUUGACUCACAGCCUGGGUGCAUAGGUGCAGCUGGUGCUGGUGCUUCUGCUGCUGGUGGUGCGGCGGAUGAGGCGGUGACGCGGGCGUGGGUGGGCGGGCUGCGAGUGCUGGUGGUGGACGACACGCCCGUCAACCUCCUCGUGGCCCGCCGCUCCCUCGCCCGCUGGGGCGCCCGAGUCACCACUGCCGCCCACGGGGAGGAGGCGAUUGAGUUGAUCACUGCUGACCUCGUCUCCACCGCCUUCCACGAGGAGGAGGAGAGAGGGGAGGAAACACUUGGGGAGGAGGGGAAAGGGCUGCAGGAGGCGAGAGGGCAGCAAGAGGCGAGGAGGCAGGAGGAGGCGAGAGGGGAGGAGGAGGCAAAAGGGCAGGAGGAGACGGGUGUGUUAUCAUUGCAGCAUGGCUUCGACUUGGUUCUCAUGGACCUGCAGAUGCCAGGCAUGGACGGCUUCGCAGCAGCAGCAGCCAUACGAUCCCUUGAAAGGAGGGUCAAUUUUGAAGCCAUUUCACGGGCACAGCGAUUGCAGCAGCCGAUGCAUCAUCAAGCCCCUUCUGUUCUGCCUGUCCCUCUCCUAGAAGCUUCAAAUCCUGCUGCUGCCACUGUUGGCUGGCCCAUAUCUCUGCGGGUUCCCAUAGUGGCAAGUGCAACUGCUCCUGCUGCUCAGCCCAUGUCUCUGCGGCUGCCCAUAGUGGCUCUGACAGCAGACGUGGAUCGCGGAGUGGUGCAGAGGUGUGCAGAGGGGGGGUUUGACGGUGUGCUGCAGAAGCCAGUGGAUGCCCACCUGCUCGCCGCCCAUCUCUCCCAAAUGCACCCCCAGAGGUCCUUCCCCCGGGCCGUGUCACACCCCGCUGUUAGUCGAACCAUAAACAGGCACGACAGGUGCAGCAGUCAAUGA